AUGUUUAGAAUCGAAUCAUAUAUUACAUCGAUCAUACUAAGUUAUGUUGAAAAAUAUGUAAAAAACUUAAGGCGUCAAGAUGCUCAAGUAUCACUAUGGGACGGAGAAGGUUUAUUUCAAAACUUGGAAUUAGACUUAGAUGUUUUGGAGAAAGAGUUAAAUUUACCAUUUAUUGUAAUAAGUGGUCAUAUAAAUCAACUGUUAAUUAGAGUUCCAUGGACAAAACUAGGAUCAGAAGCAGUUAAAAUCACUAUUGACACAAUAGAAUGUGUUUUAAAAUUAAAGACUCCUCAACAGAGGAAAGCUAAGAAGAAUGAUACAAGUGAUAGAGCAAGUACCGAUUAUAAUGAGUUACCACCUCCAUCAUAUGUACAGAGUUUGAUCAACAAAAUUGUUGGAAAUCUUUCUGUAACAUGCAAUAAUGUCAUUCUAAAAUAUAUUGAAGAUGAUAUAGUUCUGUCUAUGAAUAUAAAGUCAAUUACUCUAGAUUCAUGUAAUUCAAACUGGAUACCUGAUAUUAUUGAGUUAACACCAUCUCAAUUAACAUUAAGAAAAAUUAUUAAUCUAUCAGAUGUGACUAUUUGCUUGGAUAGAAGAAAUGCUUCAGGAUGCAUAGAAACUUACUUAGAACCAUUAUUAUAUAAAUGUUCAUUAUCCAUGCGAUUAUGUCGUAUGUUUCGAUCUCCUCAUUCUGCCCGACCUUAUACAACUCAAAUGGACAUAUUUUGUUCAAAGAUUGCAUUUAUUCUUACUGAACCUCAGUUACCAAUGUUUUUGAGAUUGUUAACUUUGAUAUUAGAAUUAAAUCCGACUGAUACUCCAGAAACAAAUACCUGUAUUGAUGACGAAAUUCAUAACAGAAGUCCUAGCAGCUGUAGUUCAAUUUCAGAAUCAAAUAUAACCAAUAAUGAUGGUUGGGUUGAUUGGAUGUGGAAUUGGGUACCAAGUGUUAGUCUAACUAGCGAAGUUAACGACCUCUCUCUUAGUCCAGAAACAGCCAUUAGUGGUGGUCAUACAUUAAAUACUGGAAUAUACAUUGAUACCCUUUUAUUUGUUCUCAAAAUCAAAUCAAAUAAAAAAUUAAAUGAUUAUAGACCAUUAUUACAAAUUGCUUUUAAUGGUACUUUACUUGAAAUGGUGUCUAAUCCACCAGAUUGGAUAAAUGUGCAGUUUGGUAUUAGUAAAGCUAGCAUAGAUUCUAUUGGAGAUUGCACUUGUGGUGCUCAAGAUUGUUAUACAAAUAAUUAUUUUUCAUCAGGCGUGAUACAAGAUUCAUAUUUAUCGAAGUCAUUAUUUCAAGAUAAUAACAUUAAUGCUUUUAAUGAUAAUAUAUUUUCAUUUGAUGAUCAUUUGACUACAUUUAGUGAAACAAUUCUCUUAGAAAAGACAACUGCAUUUGCAAUUGAUUAUUUAUUCACUCAAAUACCUAACACACACCAGAAUAAUUUUAAUGAUGAUAACGAAAAUGUGUAUUUUGUAUCGGAAGAAAAAUGCUUAUUACGAUUUGUUGCGGGACCAAGUACUUUGAAUAUAUCAUCAGGCCUUGUUCAUCGAGCUGAAUUCAUAUAUAAACUUAUUCUUGGUCAUGAUUUAUUAGUAUUUACCGCUCCUCUACAACCUCCACGUUUGGAUACUGAUGAAAAGUUUAAUGCAUUGAUUAAUUCCUAUGUCCAAGUAAUGGUAUAUCAGUUCACAAUUUUUAACCCUACGAUUAAAGUAUUUCCUGCUUGUCAUGUACGAAUUUCAACUUCAACUCAGAAACACAAGAAAAAUCAAAAAAUUUGUUCAAAACAUAUUGAUCCUGUAUUUGAAAAUCCACCAGUUGCUAUUUUUGAAUUGAAAGUUCUUGAUGGUCGAAUUGUUACACCUAAAAAAAAAUUUAAAUGGGCAAUAUUACCACGAGUUAUUGUUCAAAAUAUUUCUGAAGAAAAAAAAGCACAAUUGAAAACCAGGACUAUUUUUAGAGUAAAAGAUUUGAUAGCAAAUCUUGUCCUUUCUGAAUCAAUACAGAAAUUGUUAGUAAUUAAUAAUAUAGGAUUUAAUACUACAAUUGACAUUGAUUCAAAUUCAGAUUGCAUAUUAGACAUAGAUAUGAUUAGUUUUUCCACAUCAAAAGAAAACUGCUUAUUGAUGUAUUACAUAAUUCAUUCAAUAAUUAUGUCAAAUCAUCGACGACUUUUGCAAGUUAAUAAUUUUAUUUUUAAAUCAUCUUUAUUAGAUGAUACUCCAGGUACAGUUGUAUUGAAAUUCAACUUUGAAGGAGUUAAAGUAUACUAUAAAUCAGAAAACCAAGUAACUUGUACUAAAAUUAUACUCAAUAACAUCAAUGCUAAAAUGGCAACAAACAGUUCAAUAAAUGAUAAUAAUACAAGUGCUAUUAUAUUCUCAACUCCAGAAUUUAUUAAACACUCUGUACCAUUUCUCCAUGUAAUUAUUCAAUUUCCAUCCGAAGUAGAUGUUAAUGAAACACCUUUAAUAUAUUUAAAAAUCGGACAGUUAGAUAUGAAUUUAGACCCAAUGUUAUUUGAAUGGUUAGUUUAUGUACCCAAAGUAAAUAAGCAAAAAGAAAUAAAGAAGAAAACUUCGACAUCUGAUUUAGCAUUUUUCAGCGCUCCCAGUAGAAAAAUUUCAGAAACUAGCAUUAGCAGUGAUCCAAAAAAAAAGUAUCCUAAACCAUCUAUCCAUAGUAGUGUUUCAGAUAAUAUUUCAUUUCAUUCAGCUAAUUAUAUGCAUUUAAAAAAUGAAACUAAAGAAAAUAAAAUUGUACGUUUAUUCAACAAAUGGAAAUCAUCAAUGGUUUUUGUUGAUACAUCAAGAAUUGCAUUAUAUUUCCCUAGCAAAUCAUUGUCAAUGUUAAAAAAAUCUCAAAGCUGUAAAAAUUUGGAUCUGAAGGAAUUAAUUGAGUUGUCAAGUAUUAACGAAGAUGGAUUACUUGUAUUAAGAAUAUCUAACAUUUCCUUAAAAUGUGUUGUACCACAAAAUCAAAUGGAACAGUAUUUAAAUACAACUCCAGUGCGCUUUCCUUACACUUUAUGGUCUCCUGAUGGUGUAUAUUUUCCAUGGCAACUUAAUUUUUGUAAAUUGGAAUGCUAUACAAUUCAUAGUACUUAUGAUAGCACAUAUCAAAGAUCAUAUACCCAUAAAAUACAACUUCUUUAUCCAUUUAGUGCUCAAUGUACAUUAGCUAUUACAACUCAAUUUCAUAACAAUAAUAUCCAAACAUUGAAAAGCUUGGCUGCUUGCAUACAUUGUGAUUCUGAUCCAAUUUCUAUUUGCAUAUCAGAACAACAAGUACUCCUCGUUGCUAAUUUAUUGAAAAAACAAAUGGAAGUUUACAAAGUUAUAUUUGCAAACAUUGAAUAUGGAACAUUUUUUAACCGAUCAGUAGCCCAUGAGAUGUCAUCUAUUCCUGAAGAUGAACCUGUAGAAUCCAAAACACUUCAAUUUGAUUUUAAAAAAACAGAAGAAACUUUAAAAUUAUCUGGUUGGUUUCAAUGGACUCUGGCUAGGUUUUCAUUGAUCAUAAAAAAUAAUCCAAAACACAGUUCAUCAGAAAAUGUUAAGUUGGUAUUAGAUUUAGAAGACGUUAUAAGUUCUUUAGACUUUGGGCUUUCAUACCAAAAAUUAAAAUUAAAAAUAUCAUCUGCUUCUAUUCAGCACUUCACAAAAAACACGAAGGAAGAACAAUGGAAACAUGGACCAUAUUUAGGGCUUAUACUUAAAGGUUAUGAUCCAUUAAACAGCUCAGAAAAAUCAUCAAAAACUGAUGGUUUUUUAAAUUUUACAUUAACUCGAGCUAUUAAAAGUUCUUUCCAAGGACCCAAGUCAAACAAGGAUAUUACACCCUUACAUAUGGUCAGUGACGAAAUGCUUAAGUUGAACCAACAACUAAUGGAUGAAUAUAUUAUGGAAAUUGUAAUCAAAGUGCAACCAAUCGAUAUUGUUAUAUCCCCUUUAAACCUUCACCAAUUCUUAUCUAUAAUUGAUCCUCUUUUAGAUAUACUUAUAAAUUCAAAAUAUAUACUUAACCCUUUAUCAAACUCCCAUAAUAAGUUAGAACCAAGUAAUGAAUUCAUAGGUUUAACUUUACCAUUAUUUUAUUUGGAUAUUGCAUUAUUAAGAAUUUUCAUUCCAAUUUCUCUACAAAAUAAAAAAAACCAACAUCAAGAUACUGCUAUAAUUCAAGUUAAUUCAAUAAAAAUAAAUCAAAAUCCUGAGAAUCCAAUUACGCGAACACCACUCAGAAAAGAUCUAUAUGUUGAAGCUGAAAAAAGAGGGUUAUUAACUAUUCCAGGGUCAAUAGUUGAAGAUCGUCAAUAUCAAAUUGUUAUAAAUGGAUUUUCAAUAAAAACCGGAUUUUGGAAUGAUCUCAAACAAGUUUUGGAAUGUUAUCAAGUUUUAUCCACUUUGGAUACUGAUCAUCAACCAAAUGCUGCUUUGUUGUGGAAUGAAGGAAAAAGACCUAGGGCUAUGGGGAAUUCAAAUUUGGAUGAGAUUAAUACAUCAACUUUGUUUAGUAAAGUAUCUUUUCACUCAGUAUAUGCACCUGCAAUCAUAUUUGAACCAGAAAACACAUUAGUAUGUGGAAGUUGGAUGGAAGUGAAUACCUUAAAUGAAAUCUCAAUCACAUUAUCAGUAGAACAACUUAACUUAUUUAAUAUAUUAGCUUCUCAAAGCAAUGAAUAUAUAUUAAGCCAUUUAAAAACAAAUUAUACUCAUGUUAUUGUACAAGGUGAAAAAGUACAAUCAAAAUUCAUAACAGAGUCCUUAACUCAGGAUAGUGGUAUUCAUUCGACUGAAGAUAAUAGUACAUGUUUCUAUCAAGAAAAUGGUUCAUUAAUUGAAAAUAAAAUAAACAAUCAAUCAAAUAUUGCAAUUUUCAUAAAGAAGGAUACUAAUAUUGUAAAUAAAGUUCCAAUUGAUAUUAUCAUCACAGGAAAUCAAAUCAAUUUAAAUAUUUUUAAUUGCAUAAAAAAAAAUGAUAUCAAAGUAUCUGAACCUUUGCUCUUUGCUGUGGUUCAUCAACCUCAUGUAUUUUUUUCACUAUCUAGUACUUCCGAUUCUUGUCAAGUAAUUUUUUUUGAUCUGACAAUUUCAUUAGCUCCAAAAAAUGAAUCAUGCAUCGAAAUACCAGAUCCUAAAAUGUAUUCAGUUCCGCUGUUUAAAACUAAAUCCAAUACAAUGGAUGAAAUUCCUUUAGCAUUUUUCACAUUAAAAAUGUCUCGUCCUAUUACAGUUAGCCAAUAUAAAGUUGAACUAAAUUUAGGAAGAGCUAUUUCUUUAUUACUAAACAAACAAAAGAUUGAUCACUGUUCUAAUUUAUUAGACCUUGUGAAAAAAAUGUUACAUGAAGGUAUUUUGCCUCAUGAAGAGACUAACAAUUAUAAUUUUCAAACAGAUUCAAAAUUUGAUAAACUUGAAAUUCUAAGUCCGUCUUUUAAAAUUGAUUCUGUUGUAUCUCAAUAUGUGACUGAUGAAUUUGAUCCUCGUAAAUAUGACAAUCCAGUUCUUGAUUCAACUGCUAAUACGAGUGUAAUCAGUGAAAUAACUAAUGAAAAUGUUGUUGACUAUCCAGUGUCAUCAGUUAACGAAUAUUGUUGGUACUCAAAACCAAUAGUUAUGAAUUUAACUACUCAACAAAUAUUUUUUCAAUUAUCUACUGAAAAUAAUAAUAAUAUUGUACUCAGCAUUGAAAGUAUUCUUUAUAAAUUAAACUGUCUGUGGCGAAAACCAUCUGAAAGGAUGAAUGGCGAAAUAACAUUAAAUAGUGUGACAAUAUCUGUUGGACACGAUUACUCAAAUAAUAAUACAAAUGAAUUGAUAUUACAUCCAUGGACAAUGACAUUAGAAAUUAUUUUAUCAUCUGAUCCUUGGGUACCUGAAUACUUAAGACCAACAAAGCAACUAAAAAUAUUAACAGAUUAUAUAUCGUUCCACAUAUCUCCAGAUCAUUACAAUACAUUAAAAUUAAUGUGGAAUGAAUAUAAAUAUCUAUUUGAAUAUAAUAAAAAUACUACUAAAAAACAAAAUCAAAGUUCUGAAUCUGAUGAACAAUUUUAUCAAGAUGAUCUUAGAGCUGGAGCUUUUCAAUUUAUCGAAACUACUAAUUCUGACUUACCUUUGCCCUAUCAGAUAUUUUUUUCGGAACAUUUAUUGAAUAAUCCACCUAAAAUUACAUGGCGAUACCCUCAACCUAGAACAUUAACAAAAAUUGAAAUACAACCAGUUCCUAUGGAUGUGGACAUAGACGUUAAAUUUCAUUUACAAUGGUAUGAUGAGAUACAAAACUGUUUUAGAGACCAUACUAUUUUCAUAUUUCCAAAAUAUGAACCGAUGCUAUUGCGACUGGAAUCACUGGAAGCUGUUUCAAACACAUGGCGUAUUAUUAUGGAUAAUUCAUGUGCAAAUCAUUAUCCACUACAGAUAAAGAGUUUAGUUGGAUGCCUUAGAGUUGACUCAUAUUUUUCACCAAGCCUAGUACCACAAUUACAACUAUCAUUGUCAGCCUCAUCAAUUAAAAUUAAUAUUGCAUAUCAUAUUAAAAAAAAAACAUAUUUAUCACGAUACCAUUGCAUUUCUGAUGAUCCCCCAAAACAUAAACUAGUCAUUUUUAUUUUGGAUCAAGUAAAUAUUGGCUUUAAACUUCAAGAAGGAGAAAUGAAUACAUCAGCUCAAGCACAUUUGAGACUUGAACUAUUAAAUUAUGGAACAUUAACACAAAUUCCUAUUGUAAAAUCAUUUUGUUUAUUUACAAGUCAUCACACAACUAAGCCAAAACCGGAUAUUCAAUACAACAUUCAAACUGGAGCAAUUGCAUGUCAAUUUGGUCCAAGUAUGAUUAACUCUUUGAUGGCAGCAGUGCAGCUAUGGAAAAAUAAUACUUAUUUUAUUACCACACCAUAUAUUAUUUGUAACGAUACCAAUUUUGAAAUAAUAUUUGGCCAAGCAAGUACCAAUGAAGUUAUCAUUCUCAAUAGUUUACAAUCUUACCAAUACACAUGGCGAGUGCCUACUGAACAUCCUCAUCUACGAUUUAGUGUUGGAGAUGCCGAUAAUUUGUCUUGGAGUAAUGAAAUAAGUUUACGGACUGAAGCUUUGAUGUCUUUAGCUGUAAAAAACCAUAAAGGAGUAUCUCAUAUUUUAAUAGUGUCAAUUACAAAUAUGUCACCCUCUCUUAUAAAAGUUAUUGUAUCCAGCCAAUUAAGCGUUUUAAAUAAAACAAAUUAUUUGUUGGAUGCUCGAUUUACCAAAAUCAAACAAGUAGAAGAACAAAAGGAUCUCAAUAACUUAGUUUUGCAGACUUUAUCAGUUUCCCCUGAAAAUAAUUCACCAUCAAUAAUGUUAUAUAAUGGACUUAAAGUUACUUUAAAAUUAAGUUUUCAUACUCCUAAUCAUGAAGGUCCUUGGUCUGGACCUAUUCCACUACAUGCUGUUGAAUUGACUAAUGGGAAUCAAAACUCUUGGCUAGUCAAAAUUCCUAUGAAAGAUAAUAUUAAGAAAUAUCGUAGUAUUUGGUGUCGUUUAAUCAUUGAAAACAUUAAUAAAAUACCUCGUAUGUUGAUUUUAUUAAUGCCAAUGUAUGUUGUUCGUUCAUACUUGCCUUAUAGAACUUUAUUAAACUUUGAAUUAGUUGAUAAUAAAUUAGAACGUAAUACCAUUAUAGAAGCUAAAUCUGCCAUGGCCUUAAAUGAUAUACAACAUAUUGAUUUGCCUGGUACUAUGAAAGAUGUCUACAAUUUAACUAUUAAAUUAAACGAGGAGUCUUCGGCAUCCUCUCCGCCAGUAUCUAUAACAUAUUAUAUGAAUAUUGACAUUCCUGAGUUAUUUAAUGAUAGUUAUUUUACAAUUGAAGAUCUCCUUAAUGGAAAAUAUACUAUAAUGGAUUCUGAUCUUCAAUGGCCUUUUGUUGGUCAACAAUAUUCAAGCAUCAAAUGGAAACAAUGUGAAUUGCCAGACACUGAAACUACCGUUAAAGUUCAACAUUAUGGACAUCUUGAUCACAGUAAUGGUUUAAGUCGUGUAAUUGUUGUACAACCUUGGGCAUUAAUAGUUAAUACAUCAAGUCAAAUCAUAACAUUGUGCAAUGCAACUGAUGUCCUUUGUAACAUAGAUAAUUUUUGUGUUGUGGCACCUCCAGUUAUUGAAAAUACAUUUUAUAUUGAUCUAAAUAUUGAAGAUACCACUCAUCGAUCACAACCCCUUCAACUAUCUAAUAGUCAGUCAUUCUAUAUGCCAUCAGUCAAUGGAUUAAUUCCUUUAAAGGGUCAUACAUCAGUUGUAAUAAACUGUGAAAACCAUAUUGGUUAUUUAAACGUUUGCUCUUUGGAACAUAAUAAUAUGAGAGUUAUCCAUAUUCAAAGUUUAUACGUUGCUACAAAUCAUAGCUCAAUUGAUCUAAAAGUAUUAGCAGUUUGUGCAAUACCAUCUUCUGGUGUCUUAGAUAUUCCAGAAAAUGCUGAAGAGAUUUCAGUUGAUUUACCUAAAAAUUUAAAUGAUCUUGGUAAACCAUUAGUAAUGUGGACAUUAAUUGGCAAAGAAUCAGCCAACGAAGAUUUGGAGCAAUAUUUAAUACUAACUUCAAAUGGUAACAUUAGUUGUCCUAUCAAACUAACUGACAUUGUGAAAGAGGAACGUCCAUUGCCUGUUCUAUUUUCAAGCUGUGAUUCUAAUCCAUUAAUUUGUGUCACAUUACAAGAAUUGGAUAAUCAAUAUUUUUUCACAAUAUAUAAUCAACCAUAUCCACAAUUUAUUCUUUACAAUUAUUGUCCAGUAUCAUUAACUCUUGCCCUUAGUAAGAAAUCUAAAUCUAAAUCCAAAUCUAAAGAGCCAAUGCCAUUUUCAAAUGAUUGGAACUGGACAUACAGGAUAUCUUCUGGAAAAAAUGCAUACAUAUCAUUUCCAUACUCAGUAUCAUGCAAACAGAUACCCAGAGUAUUAAUUGGAGUAGACAAAAAGCCUUUUAAAGGUUGGUUUGCAAGUAUAGAAUUGAGUGUUUGUGAAAGCAGAUUAGUGCCAGUCCCUGGACAAAUGAAUGACAUAAAAGUUUUGAUUACAAAAAGAGCAUUUACAUUAGAUGUAAUUUUCAAACCAGCUGCACAGUUUGAAUUUUCAGCUAAUGAAGUGAGAUUAAGACUAGCUAAAAGUGACCAAUUCAAAGGUACCUUAUCAUCAAAUAAUGAAGUACUGAAUAAUGUAAGACUAGAAAAUGUUCGGACUCCUACAAGUGCCUUACAAAAUAUAUGUUCUUCAUCAGUCAAUAAGCUUUGGCCUUCGAUAAAAUGCCAUAUUCAUACAUUUAUACUAAUUUUAUUUAUUGAUGACAUUGGAUUCAAUUCAAAAGCAGUAGCUUCAAUGACUUUAGAUAAUAUUGCAGCAACUUUAGAUGGAAAUCCAGAUUCUUCAAAAGAAGGAGAAAUGAAUCUUGUAAUGUCAAUAAAUAACAUUCAAAUUGAUAAUAACGCAUUUAUUGAUGGGCAUUAUGAUUUUCCUGUGAUACUUGUAAAGCAAAAGAGAAAUUUUGAAGAAGUUUAUUGUGAUACAAGUUUUUUGAAACCACUGUCAAAUGUAAUCAAUGAUUUGAGACAAUUAGAUUCUGCUAUUAUUAUAAAAUUGACAUUAGAUAAGUCCUACUAUUCAACACCAGUGAUUUUGGAUCUAGAAAUAACAUUAUUUACUUUUGAAGCAUUUAUAGAAGAUCGCUACUGUUAUUAUAUGUUGGAAAUAUUGAAAAGUUUUAAAUCAACAAUGUCUUCUACAGUAGAACAUAAUCUUGUCAUGGAUGAAUUCAUUCCACUUCAUUACUUAGUACUAGCACAUUCCCAAGAAUUUCGUAAUCCUUUAGUUUUUAGAACAUUUACUAUUAAACCUUUUAAAGUAAUGAUAAGCUUACAUACAUCAACAACGUUCUAUGUGGCUCUCGACCGGUCUCCUUUAGAUUUUACAGAAUUUUCAAAAACAGAUUUAAUUGCUUCUUAUUAUCAACUUGGUAGAAGUUUGUCAUUGCAUUAUUUUUUAAAUGCAAUAUACGGUACUGGAUGGGCAUUGGGUUCAUUAGAAUUCUGGGGCUCUCCUGGCGGUCUAGCACGAUCUGUCGGAACUGGAUUGUAUGAUUUUGUGACAUUAUCUGCUCAGGGCAUGACUGAAGGACCAAAAGAAUUUUUUGUCGGUGUCUUAAGUGGAUCUGCAUCAUUAGUCAAGCAUGUUACAACAGGUGCAUUAUCAUCAGUAACAAAAUUUGCAUCUAGUUGGUCUAGAACAUUCAACCGAUUAACAUUAGAAGCUGAAGAUUUGGAACAAAUUGAAGAGAUUAGACGUUUACGACCACAGAAUUUAUCACAGGGAAUCAUACAAGGUCUAAGUGAAUUUGGAAUUAGUUUGUUGGGAGCAGUUGGUGGAUUAGUAAAUCAUCCAAUACAAUAUGCGAUUCAAGAAGGCCCUGAAAGAAGAAGGGGAUUUGUCAAUACUGUAGCUAUAGGUUUUGUCGAAGCCAUUACAAAACCAAUAAGUGGAGCUGCGGAACUAGUAGCAAUGACAGGCGAAGGUUUUUUAGCUGGCGUAGGUUGGAUUAAAAGUCCUCAGUUGCGUUCAAGUCUCAGCAACAGUGAAAUAGGAUUUGGUGCAUCAGAACUUAGAUACUCAUGGCUAAUAUUAAACAAAUAUUUGAGCACAACAGAGCAAGUUCUAUUGACUUGCGAUGCAACUGUAGAUAAUUUAGACCAAGAACUUAAAGUAUCGGAAUUAACAUUGGUCUUGACAAAUAGAUUUUUAUAUUUAAUCAAAGAUCCAAAUUGUAUGAUGCCGAAUGUACUACGCUUACCAAUAACUCAAAUUGUUACUCCUAGUCUACGACACCGUGAUCCUUCACUGAUUACAAUAACUAUUUGUAUGACAGCACAGAACGAUACAGCAUAUUCUCGAGUUGCUGAUUAUGUACGUAAAUCACAAAGUUUUUUAAACAUGGAAUCAAAAACUGAAUCAGAUAAUCCAGAUCAAACACAUAAGUUGUUGGUCAGUCCACAGAUUCGGAAUCAUAUAUUAAAUUCAAUUGAAUUCCUCAAACGACAUAUUCAGAAUAAGGGAUAUGCAGUGAUAUAAUAUACCUAAGUAUUAACCAAAAUAUUUUGUGCAAUAAAUACACAUUUUAAAAAAGCCUGUGAUAACUACAGUAUAAUUUUUAAUUUAUUAAUG